UGCUCCCGUGGAGCAGACGACCAUUAGCGAGCACAGACUUGUCUCCAUCCGCGUCCGUGAUGCGAGCAAAUUUUUACUUGAUGUGGAACGUAGCAUUUUUAUUUUUUCUUCUCGUAAUUGUUUUAUAUUAUCUGUUCUCCAGUUAAGUUUUCUGGUGUAUUUUGAUCCUUAUCAAAUCCAUGGAGCUACAGUCAUCAGUCAUCUUCACCGGAAGCGAUGAGAAUUUUAUUUUUAACGGCGACUACUAAUUUUAGACUUGGCGUCCACAGCGACGGGCGAUUGCAGUUUUUCCUGGCUGAUGAAUAGAAUCCAAAACUUGAGGAAUGUAACAUGAAUAAUGUUUUUGUUUACAGAAAGAAAUUACAGAGAAAUCAAAAUGACCUAAACAAAACUUGAUACAUUUUGACCAUCAGUUUAAGGCCUUCUGUGCAACAUUUCUUCUCUCUAACUGACCCUGAAAGAAGCAAAGACAAUGGAUGAGAGAGAAUCUACUUCUUUGGUAGAACGUGAUCACCUCAUGAAGUUGCUGAAUUUAUUAGACAGCGAAAAGACACUUCUUAUUGAUGCAAAGCCAAGACGUGUUCAGCUUGGAUCUGCGAAAAGACGACUGGCUGCUAUAGAUCAGAGAUUUUCGAUGCCAGCUAGCCCUUCGAGCAUUGUGCCAUCUGUAACAGGCCUACAUGAGAGACUUCAGACUUUCUAUGUAGACAGAUGGCCAGAAGUUAAAGUCCAGCGAGGGGACACAAUCCUGUUUCCAUCCAGACAUCUUGGAUCAGCUAUGACCAGGACCAUAGGAGGAACACCAAUAAGUUUAGAAACUGCUGUGGAAUUAAGGAAGAUUGUUUAUGGCACGCCUCAUCAUUCCUUCAGCCAAGAGUGGCGAAAAUCCACACUGGAGUUUCAAGAUAUAGAUGGUCCAUAUCCUUAUGGAAUACAGACACAAAGGUGUGGCUCUCGAGGACUGGCUCUGUGCAUUCAAGGCUACCUUCUGAAGCACUUAUUUUUUGAUAGGGAGUACAAGUCGAGCCUAUCUACUGCCAGCUCACUUAAGCCAAACAGUUUUGAGCGACGGAGAGCUUUGAUUGAAGGAAUGUGCACAAUGUUAUGGCAGGCUGGAGAAAAGCGAAGAAGUACUGUUGUGUUGAUGGAAGAGGAGGCAUGCUUUGGACCUGACUAUAGAUACAGAUUUGACAAUCUUACCGAAAGGCUUCAUGUCUUUGAAUUUAGGAAACUGGAGGAGGUCAAGUCCUUUGUGAAGAGAAAUUUAGACAGGUUUCAGGAAGAGAAUGGAUGUGGCCUGAUUCUGUUCUUGUACAGUCUUGUGCUAUCUAGGACGAUACAAAAGGUCCGUGAAGACAUGGACAUCAGCAAGGAGAAGAAGGGAAAGCUACUCACAGACAUGGAGGAUCUCACCAUCUCCUUGUUGAACCUCGCACUCACUGGCCAUGCUGUUUCUUUCCUUCACAAUGGAGACAUUUUGUAUGACAGCAGGGGCAAUGCUUUGCCACGGCCUCUGAAAGGUGUACAAGAAAGAAGCCAUAUUGGAUUCAUGUUCUGGGAUAAGGGGGAGGAACCAGACCGAAGGACGGAGGUUGGCAGUAUGCUGAAGACCCCAAAGACACCAAUUUGGGUCACAAAAGUCAACCAGAUGUAUGGGCUUCUCUUCAGCACCAACCUUGACCUUGUAAAUGAUUGGCGGAUAGAAAAUUGGUUCACUCUGUCUUAUUACACAGGUCUUGUGAGCCAGCCUAGGACAGCUAUCCUCAAUAUAGAAACGAGGAGGGGGCGACCAAGACCUAAGACAACGCUGGGCCACAAGCAGGAGGAGAACAGAAUCCCUCCUCUAGAAAACUGCAUCAUGACGAAAUGGUAUGGUGCAUAUGUUGGAUGGAAUGGAACACUUCCAUUUAUUUAAGGGACUUGAGAACAAUGACAGUCGGACAAGGAGUAUGCAUUGGUUUUGCUGCUCAUCAUGUAGGAGGCAGUUAUCUGUAAUUUAGCUUUGAGGAACAGGAGUCAAACAUGGAGCAGGAGAACUACAGAGUCUGGGACGUUUUAUCUUGUUUUCAUCAGCGGCAUUGCAUAAUCUUGGGUGUGGUCAUUAUUCCCCUUCCUACAUUUGACCCCAGGUAUCUAUCCUGGAAUGGAAUCAAGAGCCUUCAAACCAUAUGUCUGCUGUUAACUCUUCCAGUUUGAUUUUUCUAUGAAUUUGGUAAGCUGCAGCAUUGUCUUAAGCUGGUGAGCCUGUUCAGCCCAAGCCAAAACAUUAUCCUAUUCCAUUGACAAACACGGACAAUAAAAGCGCUAUGUGGUGGAUUUUGGUUGAAUGGCCCACACACAAUGAAGGCUUUUCCAAAGUGCUCUCAGCUUCUUCCAGCUUGCAAAACAUAGGACCAUAUUGUCCAUACCAAAGAAAUAAAGCCAAAAAGACACCGAAGUACAUAUUUCUACUUUACAGCAUUUGAAUCAACCAUGUUUUAGAAGAAUCAGAAUGUACCAAAGGGCCGAUAAUCUGAAGCAUUAUGGUUGGUCAUUUAUGUGGCUUUCAGCCAAAUAACAGAUAAAGACUGUCAAAUUUGACAGAAAUUGUUUUGUUGCCUGAUUGAAUGCGUGCAAAUACCUCUCACAUCAAACUGAAGGGGGCGCAUUUGUAUCGUUUUCCUUUGUAUAAAGUUACAAUCUGAGUGUGGGUUCAUACAAAUUUCAAGUUGUGUGAAAUAUUAACUUGACUUCUAUGGACAUAAUUAUUAUGAUAUGCCACGUCUAGUGAACCAUAAUAAAAUGUAGAAGUAUUGUCAUUGUGCUUGAACAAAUCUGUGUACACAAUUCCUCAUGAUCAACUAGUAAAUAUGUUAAACAAUGGUCAAUAAAUUUGUGUGUGUGUGGAAGCUGAA